AUGUUCGGACUACAAGAUGUGAGCAUUACGGUUGAAAAAGAAUUAACUCAAGAAGAAUCAUCAACGACCAAUUUAGAAUAUUAUUAUUCUACCAAUACUAAUACUAAUACUGAUACUGAUUCUACUUGUGAUAUUGAUACCGAUACAAUUUCAUCGCCACCACCACAACAAAAGAAUGAAUAA